GGUCAUCUGUAGAACUCCGCCAAAGGAAAAAGCACAAGACUUCAGGAAGUCAGGAAGCCAGAGCGGAGAAGACCAAAAGCCCCACGGUUCCUGAAAGAGUUUCAAAAUAUUUAUCAUUUCAGCGUUUUGCGAAGGUGCUUAUUGGCUGUAUCGCGGCCGUCGUCAGUGGCGUGAUGCAUGUUUUCUACUUAUCCGCAUACCACGAGCGGAAAUUCUGGUUUUCUAACAGGCAGGAACUUGAACGAGAACUCACAUUUCAGGGUGACAGUGCUAUGUAUUACUCCUAUUAUAAAGACAUGUUAAAGGCGCCGUCGUUUGAAAGAGGUGUUUACGAGCUGACGCACAACAACAAGACCGUCUCCCUGAGGACGAUCAACGCGGUGCAGCAGCUGUCUGUGUACCCGGAGCUCAUUGCCAGUGUUCUCUACCGCGCAACGGGGAGCCAUGAGAUGAUUGAACCAGUGUAUUUCUACAUUGGCAUUGUCUUUGGAUUACAAGGAAUAUAUGUGACAGCUUUGUUUGUCACAAGUUGGCUUAUGAGUGGCACAUGGCUCGCAGGAAUGCUUACUGUUGCGUGGUUCCUAAUCAAUAGGGUAGAUACAACAAGAAUUGAAUACUCCAUUCCUUUAAGAGAAAACUGGGCUCUACCAUAUUUUGCGUGCCAAGUUGCUGCACUUACAGGCUAUUUAAAAAGAAAUCUAAACACUUAUGCAGAGCGGUUUUGCUACCUGUUGAUGAGUGCCUCUACGUACACUUUCAUGAUGGUGUGGGAGUACAGCCACUAUGUCUUGUUUCUGCAAGCAGUCUCUCUCCUGCUGCUGGACGUCUUCUCGGAGGAACAAAGUGACAAGAUUUACGAGGUGUAUAAAAUCUACAUAUUUUCCCUUUUCCUUGGGUAUUUACUACAGUUUGAGAAUCCAGCUUUAUUGGUGUCUCCUUUAUUGAGUUUAGUAGGAGCGUUAAUGCUAAUUAAGUGCCUUCAGCUGAAUGGGAAAAAAGGAACUUUUGUGGCCAAAGUAAUCAAAGUGUUUAAGUUUUAUUUGGUAUGUACUCUGCCGCUGACCUUGAAUUUGAUAAUGAAGACAUUUGUCCCACACAAAGAAAAUGAGCAUGUGCUAAAAUUUCUUGAAGUAAAAUUUGGACUAAAUGUGACUAAGAAUUUUACACUGAACUGGCUGCUCUGUCAGGAGUCUCUCCAGGCACCGUCUCAGGAUUUCUUUUUACGAUUGACACAAUCUUCCCUGUUACCAUUCUAUAUUUUAGUGUUAAUUAUUUGUCUUCUUUCUAUGACACAAGUUAUAUUUAGGAGGAUGAGUGGUAAAUCCCAGAAAGAAAUUGUAACUCUUGAAGAUGGAAGAAUUGGAGAAAGGCCGGAAAUCAUUUAUCAUGUCCUUCAUACUCUUAUACUGGGUUCUCUUGCAAUGCUGAUGGAAGGCCUGAAAUUCCUCUGGACCCCGUAUGUGUGCAUGCUGGCAGCGUUUGGUGUUUGCUCCCCUGAGCUAUGGAUGACACUCUUAAAGUGGCUUCGGCUAAGGACUGUGCACCCCAUCCUGCUGGCUCUUAUUCUGAGCAUGGCUGUGCCCACCAUUAUAGGUCUUAGUUUAUGGAAAGAGUUUUUUCCGAGAUUAAUUACAGAAUUAACAGAACUACAGGAAUUCUAUGAUCCGGAUACCGUGGAACUCAUGACCUGGAUAAAGAGGCAAGCUCCAGUUGCAGCCGUGUUUGCAGGAAGCCCACAGUUAAUGGGUGUGAUCAAACUGUGUACCGGGUGGACGGUGACGAGCUUGCCACUUUACAGCGAUGACGAUCUUCUCAAGAGAAACGAAAAUAUUUACCAGAUCUAUUCAAAGCGAUCUGCUGAGGACAUUUAUAAGAUACUAACGUCUUACAAAGCUAACUACCUAAUUGUGGAAGAUGCCAUCUGCAAUGAGAUGGGAACCGUGAGGGGCUGCAGGGUUAAAGAUUUACUAGAUGUUGCAAAUGGACAUGUGCUUUGUGAAGAAGACAACAAAUUAACCUUUUCAAAGUACGGACGGUUUUGUCACGAGGUCAAGAUUAACUAUUCUCCAUAUGUGAACUACUUCACUCGUGUGUACUGGAACAGGUCCUACUUUGUGUAUAAAGUCAACACUGUGAUUUCCUUCCAGUCUUGAGAAUAGCAGAGCCUUCGCUGCAGAGACUGCUACUUGAAGUCACAUGCAGGUUCUGGCCCUGCACGGUGUCCUGCGGCGGAGUGGAUGUCUGAACUGCUGCUGCUGCUGCACCCACGCCUGCUGCUGGUUCCUGGGUUUAGGGUUUUGUUUGACAUAGAUGAGAUGUCGCUGUCUGAGUAAAGUGUCAGAUCCACCACGGCAAUCUUCCUGACAGCUUUCUUCCUUACUAUCUCCUCAUGAAGCUUAGCUAUCAUAAUAUUGAUCUUUCAUUUGGAUAUUUUUCAAGGUCAGUGUUUACUUCAAAAGCAUAAUUUUUAAUAAGUACAUAAUGUGAUUUAAGUCUAUAGUAGAAGAGGAAAUUCACAAAGCAAGUUUGUAACAUGUGAAUUUUUUACAAUUAAAAAUAAUUUAAAUGUUAGUUAAAGAUAUGUGACAUUUAAAUUAGAAGGGAAAUAACAUAAGGGAAAGUGAUUGUUUUUAUUAUAUUGUUCCUGUCAUCUGCUGCUCGAGUGAUCUAGCAUAUUCUUAACAACACAUAGGAUGAAUUAGCACUUUAAUUAUUCCAUGGCUAUUAAGUGAUUACCUUUCUCACUUAUGCCCAUUAAAUGGCUAACAAUUUAAUCAUGCUAAAACAACAACUUGUGUUUGUUUAUAUAUUUAUGUGUGUGUGUGUGUGUGUGUGUGUGUAUGGACACAUAUGUACACCCAUAUACAUACGUAUGUGUGGACAUUUCAAAGAAUUUUACGUUUUUGUGAUGGUGGAGUAUGCAGUCUAAUCACAUGUUUUCUAUGAACGUAUGAAGUAAAAAUAAUGAACACUGUCACAGUAGUGAUAUGUACACUGCCAUGGGCAUCGUUUUCUGGAGGUGUUGCAGACGCCUUUAAACCACCUGGUUACAAAGUAUAGCCAAUGAAGAGGUGUUAUUUAUGAAACAUUAUAUGUUUAACAGUGAGAGCAAAGUGAGGGUUAAAUAAAACUUCACCAUUUCACAGUACAAAUGCUAAUAUUCCUUUGUGUAUUUGCAUUUUUUUAUCAUUAAAAGAAAUUCUAAGCCAGGGCAGUGACUCGCACCAUUAAUCCCAGCACUGGGAAACAGAGGCAGGCAGGUCUCUGAGCUCCAUGGCAACCAGGGAACAUGGGGAAGCUGUUUCAGGGAGGAGAAGAAGAAAGGAAUUGUAGAUUAAUUUGGCUUUUUAAAGAGAUUGAGGAAGGUGAAGCCUGUGGAGAAACGGUUUGACUGAAAUGAGUAUUUAAUCUUAUGUUAGACAGUUGUUGAGGUCUCUACCUUAUUUGUUAGCGUCCUAAGAAGUUACAUUUUCAGAACUCUAAAUCAGUACUUUAGGAGGAAAAUAAUCUCUUUUCUUUCUGUAGUAGAUAUGUACAGAUAUAUUUUUCUUUUUCAGGUAUGUGCACUUACAGUAACUUUAAGAUGCUUUACCAUUGUGGGGCCUAACUGACAUUUUCAUCCCUCUGGUCUAGCGUCAGUGGGUCUGUCCGCUCUUUUACCUUCUUAUUUUCACGACAGAAAGCAGUUGUGGGCCGGGCGUCUCAGGCUGACGCUGAGCACCUUGGUAGUCAGUAGUGGUUAGCAUCAGGCUUUGUGAAAAAUGACCAGUGCUCAAGUACACAGUACACAGUGAGUAGCCAUUUGGUCAUUCUUAGGAUCAAAUCAUGCACAAGCCGGGCGGUGGUGGCACACGCUUUUAACUAGCGCUUGGGAGGCAGAGGCAGGCCUCUGUGAGUUUGAAGCCAACCUGGUCUACAGUAGCUAGAUCUAGGACAGGCUCCAAAGCUUCAGCAAAACCCUGCCUUGAAAAACCAAAAAACAAACAAACAACAACAAAGCAAAACAAAACCAUGCGGAAGCAGCUUACAUACUGUAAAGGAAAGUACAAACCCUGUUUCCCUUGUAAUAUGAAAUAUUCAAUUGAAUUUUUACUGACAUGGUAACGUGUGUGGUAUUUUAGUUUCUGUUUUUUUUUCCUGAAAUAAUAAUUUGCUUUGCUCCCGUCAAUAUAUUUCUUAAAUAGACACAAAGAAUUUCUUAAUUAAAAGUUUAUAGUUAGUCCCAGGCAUAUGGUGUACUCUUUCAUCCCCAACUCUGAGGAGGCAGAGGCAGGUGGACCUCUGGGUUCAAGGCCAGCCUGCUCUACAGAGUGAGUUCCUGGACAGCCAGAGCUGUAGAGUGAGACUCUCUCAAAAAACCAAAAAAAAAAAAAAAAAAAGUUAAAGUUUAUAAUUAAAUUUUCCCUCAGAAUCAACUGAAACAGAGACAUAAGCUUUAUUGUAGCGAUUAUAUUGGCUGUGACUGUGUAGGUCAGGGGCAGAGGGCUCGGGUAGCAGGUACAAGGCCCUGAGUUCAGUCCCUGGCACUACCGAAAAAAAGACAAAAAUGAAGGAAAGAGAAGAAUAAAAUGUUAGGUAUGAGAGAUAAGUUGAAUUACUUCAAUCUUAACUGUCACCAACACUAGAAAACUAUUAAUUGCUGAGAGCAUUUAACUUUUUACUUAGUAACGUAUAGAACAAGUGAAAAAAUCUGCAAGUAGUUGUAACUGGGCGCCUCGCAGCCGUCAGGUUCAGCAGUGCAGGAACAGAGCUUGUGGGGUUGGGGAGGAAGGAAUUCCUCAAAGAAACAAAACAUUUUGCUCUUAAUGUAACAAACCUAUCGAAAUAAGUGCCUUAUCGUCUUUAUUUCUAAAUUUGAUAUUUUAUAUCAGCCACUAUUGGUAACUUUUUGUACAUUGGUGAAAUAGAGGAAGGCUGAGGAGGAAGUCCCACGGUAGAGCACUUCCUUGAGAUUUACCCCACUGUGCACUGUCACCAUUAGCUUCAGUAAUGAGCAAAUCCGUGUCCGGAAUGUGCAGUCUCCUCACUAAGUCAUUCAGCCUCUCGGGCGCCAAGUAGUCCGCGAAGAGAGACUGAGUUGUUAGGGAUGUGAUACGGGCUCUGCGAGUUUAGUACUUUUCUUAUGACCUGGCAUCUGCAUCCUGGUGUUGGGCAUUGUACUGGCAGAGUCAUACAGUCUUCAGCCCUGACUCGGCACACGCAUGCACACAGGCACUUCUUUCCCGACAGUAACCCAGAUUGCCGGUCACCUCAGCGUUCUGACUCUUCCAUACCAGCCAGAUUCAGUCAAUAAACAAUGGAGAAAAAGAAGUCAAAGUGUUAACCAUUU